GAUAAUAUAUAAAUAUAAAUCAGCCAAAUCGUUUUAAAAUAUGUGAAAUAUAUGCAUAUAUAUCUGGUAUUAGAAUUUUUUUCACAUAUAUUAUGUUAAACUGAUUGAACUUAAUCUAACCAUUAAACCACAAAUCACUUGUCAACCUGACUCCAUCGGAUAAUCCAGUUUAACAACCUUCAUCGGUUGAUCCUUUUCCUACAGCUUAAACCGGAUCCAACCGACCCGUACGAUAUCUUAAGGAAAGCACAUCGACAAAGCGAGAGAGAUCCAUGGUUCAUAAGUAGGAAACCGGUCUUAACUGACAAGACAGGUUUUGGGGUGGAAUGAAGGAGUUCUUGUGAGAACUCCGAAGUUAAACGUGCUCAGGGUGGAGUACAACAAAGAUGAGUGAUCUUAUGGGAAGUCACCUUAGGUGGAGCAAAUCUCAACGAGGACGACAAAACACGGGAGAGAUCCAUGGUUCAUAAGUAGGAAACCGAUCGAGGACGUUGAGUCCGCGGGGGGGGGGGGGGGGGGGGGGGGGGGGGGGGGGGGUAUGUAGCGACAAAUCCACAUCGACAAAGCACGGGAGAUAUCCAUAAUUCAUAAGUAGGAAAUUGACCUUAACUGACAAAACGCGUUUUGGGGCGAAAUGGAGGAUUCUUGUGAGAACUCCGAAGUUAAACGUGCUCAGGGUGAGAGUACAACAAUAAUGGGUGACUUUAUGCAAAGUCAUCUUGAAUUGCACCCCAAAUCGAAAACCAUGAAGGUCGAGGCACAAAACGGACAAUAUCUUCGUCGGGAAAAGAUUCGGGAUGUUACACGGGUUCUUUAUAAAUAAUAAUAAAAAAAAACAAUCAGAGCGAAAAAGGAGAACAAAACCCUAAUCCCUACUAAAGCCUUAAACCCUCUGGUUCGUUCACCUUCCCUGACUUUCAGUGGCCAGUCCUUUCCUUUCUGGUUGCGUCUCUAAACUCUAAUCUGAAUUGAAGUGAACCAGUGAGGAAAAUCGAACAAACAACCCAAUGGUGUGGUUUCAGUGCGAUGACUGCGGCGAGGAACUGAAGAAGCCCAAGCUCUCUAAUCACUUCCGAAGGUGCUCCGCUUCCAAGCUAUCGUGCAUUGAUUGUGGGGUGACUUUCAGCCCUGAUACCGUCCAGGGCCACACGCAGUGCAUCAGCGAGGCGGAAAAAUAUGGUCCAAAAGGACAAGGGAACCCUGCCGUUAAUGGGGCGACCCCUAAAUCCAAGGAUUCAAAGCAAAAGCCUGAUGUCGAUAUCAAUGUUGGUUUGUCCCUCCGCCCGCCAUGGUAUUGCAGGCCUUGGGCAAUAGAUUGUUGUCUCUGACUGUUGUGGGGGCUGAUGUACAAAUGAGGUUGAUAAUUCAAUCCGAAGAUUUGAUUCAUGCUAGGUUUCAGCUGAUAGCCUGAUAUCUAUGUUAUCCCAGAUGACUGGAUUGUCAUAGUUAAAGCUUAGAAUAUCAAACCUUGCUGGGAAUUCAUUUACGAAGAUGAGAAUGAGAACAAAUAGAUGAAUUCCAAUCCCAGUGGACAGCAUUCCGCUUUUGUAAUAGAUGCGUGGGACUGUGGCUCUUUUGUCUCCAAAAUUUAUUCAGGCGGAACAAGGAUGCUUGUUCUGUAAUGCUGCAAGGAGAUGGCAAUUCCUACUGAAUUCGUAGCCCACUCUCUUUUCAAUAUAGUUACUAGUCAUUAGUCAACCCCUUGGGUGUUUUACCAACUACCACUUUCCUGGCAAGACAGGGUUCUUUGAUCUGAUUUUAAACAUUGAUCUGUAUUGUGUGCUCGGUCAUCUCCUAUUCAUGGGUGUCCAUGUUUGUCAUUGCACCCGUGUCUUAGCGCUGAAUAAGCAGAUCCAUGCCAU